GCCGAAGCAGUUCGCUGCCCCUCCCUGCGCCGGGGUUGGGGUGUGGGGGUCGCGGCGGCCAGGGCGCGGUGGGGCCACGAUGGAGGGCGCUCACGCCAUCCGCCAGGUAAUAAACGAAGGAGAUUCAAGCCUUGCCACUGAGUUACAGGAAGAGCUGGAGGAAAAUCUUAGGCCAGCUGUGGAUGAGAAUAAUACAGUGUCAGCUAAAAAACAGGGACCACAUUUACAUAGCUGGAGUGGUGACUGGAGCUUUUGGAUUUCAAGUUCCAACUAUAAAGACAGGAAUGAGGAAUACAAAAGACAGUUCACACAUCUACCUGAUACAGAGAAGCUGAUAGCAGAUUAUGCUUGUGCUCUCCAGAGAGACAUUUUGGUUCAGGGACGACUAUACCUUUCAGAAAAUUGGCUGUGUUUCUAUAGCAACAUCUUCAGAUGGGAAACUACAAUUUCUAUUGCUUUAAAGAAUAUAACCUUCAUGACCAAAGAGAAGACUGCUCGACUUAUCCCAAAUGCUAUCCAGAUUGUUACAGAAGGUGAAAAGUUUUUCUUUACAUCUUUUGGUGCCAGGGAUAGAAGUUAUCUCAGUAUAUUUAGGUUGUGGCAGAACGUGUUAUUAGAAAAGAGUCUGACCAGACAGGAGUUCUGGCAACUGCUCCAGCAGAACUAUGGCACUGAGCUAGGUUUAAAUGCAGAAGAGAUGGCAAACUUGUCACCAUCAGUUGAGGAUAAUGUGCAGCCAAGGGGUUAGAUAAAGAGGAGACCCAAAGUAAGAAACAGAUCAAAAAGAGUCCUUUAUUAACUUCAGAAAAAAGGCUGCGUAGAGAGCCAUCGAGAUCACUGGACUUGAACAAAAAUGAGUAUCUUUCUCUGGACAAAAGCAGCAGCACUUCAGAUUCAGUUGAUGAAGAAAAUAUUCCUGAGAAGGAUCUUCAAGGAAGACUUUAUAUCAACCGUGUUUUUCAUAUCAGUGCUGAGAAAAUGUUUGAAUUGCUCUUCACUAGUUCACACUUUAUGCAGAGAUUUGCCAAUUCUAGAAAUAUAAUAGACGUAGUAUCUACUCCUUGGACUAUAGAAUCUGGAGGUGAUCAACUGAGAACCAUGACCUAUACUAUAGUCCUUAAUAAUCCACUUACUGGAAAAUGUACUGCUGCUACUGAAAACCAGACACUGUGCAAAGACAGUCGGGAAGCACAAUUUUAUUUAGUAGAUUCAGAAGUACUAACCCAUGAUGUCCCUUACCAUGAUUACUUCUACACCCUGAACAGAUACUGUAUCAUUCGGUCUUCAAAACAGAAAUGCAGGCUCAGAGUUUCUACAGAUUUGAAAUACAAAAAACAACCAUGGGGCCUUAUCAAAUCUUUAAUUGAGAAGAAUUCUUGGAGUUCACUGGAGGACUAUUUCAGACAGCUUGAAUCAGAGUUGUUAAUGGAAGAAUCUGUGUUAAAUCAGUCCAUCGAAGAUGCCGGAAAACUUAGUGGCCUACGAAGAAGAAGGCGAACAUUCAACCGAACAGCAGAAACAGUUCCGAAGCUUACUUCUCAGGGCUUUUCUGGAGAUACGACCUUAGAGACCAAAGCAGAUAUUCCAGGAAAGAAAAAGAAAGUGGAAAGCUUUAACAUUGCUCUUAUUGUGGUAAUGAGUAUUUUUUUGAUGUUCCUAGUUGUGUUGAAUGUGACACUGUUUCUGAAGCUGUCAAAGAUUGAAUAUGCUGUUCAGUCCUUUUACCGUCUCCACCUCCAAGAAGAGAAAUCUUUAAAUUUAGCCUCUGAUACGGUCUCUGGAACAGAAGAUAGUCAAAAGGACAAAGAUCAGGCCCAUCGUUUAAAAGGAGUGCUGCGAGAUUCCAUACUGAUGCUUGAACAGCUGAAGAGCUCACUCAUUAUGCUUCAGAAAACCUUUGAUCUACUAAAUAAGAACAAGACUGGCACACCUGUUGGAAGCUAGUAAUAUUAUGGACUAAAACAGUAUCUGGAAGACAACUGGCGAAUGAAGGAUUUUAAUUGUCCCAGGAACAUCUCAUUUUCUCAUUGAGAUUUUUAAUAUGAAAAUUCUUUUUAAUAACAUUUGAUAAUUACUCUCUGAAUUCUGUUUUUUCACUUCCUACACAUGUUUUUUUUUUGGUACUAGGGAUUGAACUUGGGACCUUGCACUUGCAAGGCAGGUAGUGGAACCACCGAGCUAAAUCCCCAGCUUUCUACACAUAUUUUUAAGCUAUGAAUUUCUCUAGUGAACUGUGAAAUAUAUUCUGGAAUUGAAACUCUGAUACAAAAAGAAAGUGAGACACACUGAAUUGAGUAGUAUGGCUUCUUUUCUAGAGUACAGCUUAAAGUUUGAUGCUUUAAAUUUGUCUGUUAGCACAGAAUCACUACAUAUCCAACAGACUGCGUUCCCAGUUGUGGUAAGUUUAUGAGACUAAAGAAGACAAUAUGAAAAGAAAGCUCUAGCAUUACUAAUUUAAAAGGACAAUUUUUAGGCAUAUAUAACAUUUCUAGGUUUUUAUCCCGUAAAUGUUACAAUGUCUUCAUUUAUUUGGUAUGCAAAUUCAAUAGUCAAAUGUUUUGAAUAUGCAUGUUGUUCAUUAUCUGAAAAGUUCCUCAGACAUUUAUAUCUUGAUGAAAGUUAAUUUAUUAAAAUAUCAGAGAUGGGA